AAACAAUUACAGACAUAACUUGGGCGUCAGAACCGAUCGGGACAACUGCAAGGUACAACAACUAAAGCGAAUAAAAAAAUGGAAAAUCACGUAAGAAUAUUAUUUUUGAUUGUAAUAAUAAUAGUGCUUUCGUUGGUUUUGGGCGAAACAAGUAUUGAAAGUACCAUUAGUGAUGUAUUAAAUAAGAAAAAUGUGUUAUCUGAAAGAUGUCAACAAGAUUUGAAAGCUCUUUUACAGAGACUGCAUAGUAAGGAAGAAGACAAUAAUUGGGCAUCCAAAAUGAUCGAAGCAACGUCCAGGAUAGCUAUGGAAGAAUCUUCAUAUGACUACGGAGACGUAGGUCAUUUUGAAGAAUGUGUUCGAUUGCAAUCUAGAGAAGAUAACAUUAAAGGAAAAUAUUGUAUUGCAGAUAUUGCUUUUAAAUACAUAAAUUUCACAGGAUACUCACCGAUAAGUCAGAUUCCCAUAAAAGAGCUAACGAUACGCAUAAGUGGAGGAAUGCAUUUGCUGAGAUUUCCAGUACGGGCCAUGUGUCUGCCCAAUAAUUGCUCAGAUUCGGAUGCCGGUUAUUUGAUGAAUCAAUUGCAACAUCCCAAUACUACUGUAAGGUAUUUUGUGUGUCAGACUGAGGAGGAAGUUAAUAUACCAUUAGAUAACAAUGCGUAUUUGGGCAUAUAUAUAUUGGCCGGUAUUAGCUCAAUUGUAAUUCUUGCAACAAUAUACGAUUUUUAUUGUCAGAACUACAUGCAAAAAAAUGGUGCAAAGGCUGUGGUAGCUUUUUCCAUAUACACCAACAGCAAGAAUCUCUUUCAUACAAGUAAUCGAGUGUCAUCUCUAGACUGUUUAGACGGUAUUAGAGUCAUGAGUAUGGUAUGGGUUAUGGCUUUUCACGUAUACGUAAAAUAUAUGGCUUCCUAUAUAUUUAAUUCAAAAGAUUCAAUACAGAUUACUGGAAGUUUAUUAGGUAUUUUAUUCUCGACUGGACAUUUAGCAUGUGAUGCUCUUUUUUUGAUCGGGGGCACCUUAGUUACGUAUGUGUAUUUUUCUAAAACUAAAGAUGGAGACUUAACCCUUUAUAAUAUUAUAAAACACUAUCUUCACAGAUAUAUUAGACUAACUCCAGCGCUGAUUGGAGUGAUUAUAGUAUCAGCCACUCUUUUAAAAUAUACGGGUUCGGGUCCAAAAUGGCCGCUUAUAAAUAGUGUAAGCCAAGAAGGAUGUCAAGAGUACUGGUGGUCUACUAUACUCUAUAUUCAUAAUGAACUGAAUUUGGGUAAUAUGUGUAUAGGACAUACUUGGUAUCUAUCCGUAGACACACAGCUUUAUCUACUAUCACCACUGAUAUUUUACAUGCUUAAAAAACACACAAAGGUGGCCAUAAUGUUCUUAGUCCUUGGAAUAUUGGCGGCAAUAGCUUUGGCGUUCAAAAGAGGAUACGAUGGUCAUAUCAUGACUGAAAUCAACAACGUCUACCAAAGGAACACACCAAUGAUGUUUCUUAUGUUUUACUUUUACCUGAGUACCGAAUCUAGAGCUGCACCUUGGCUUAUGGGGACGAUUUUGGGCUACUUUCUUACCAGGCCACGGUUUAUACUAAAACCAUUACCUAAGAUGGUCCUGAUUCCUAUAUGGACAAUAACUUUUGCUGUGCUCUUGCUAUGCGGACUAGGAAACCACCCUCUCUUGAGGGUGGAAGAAUUUUCUAGAUUAGAGAAUGCGUUAUUUGGCUCCCUUGUUAGGCCUUCUUUUGCAUUGGCAGUUGGGUGGAUAAUAUGGGCUUCUGCAACCAACCAUGCAGGAAUUAUCAACAAGAUACUGUCUUGCUCCGUCUUUCAAUUUAUCAACAAAUUUAUCUACAGUAUGUACCUAAUUCAUCCUAUCUUUUUGGACGUUUUGGUCUAUUCUCAAAAAAGUGUGAUAGAGUUUAGUAUAUUUAAUCUGGCAUAUUGGUUCUGGGGUGUAUUCAUGCUUACAUUGUUAGUUUCAUUCAUAUGGGUUCUAGUGUUUGAAAUUCCACCAGUAGCUCUAGAGAGGCUUGUUUUUGCUAAAAUAGAAUCAAAAUUAAAAGCCAAGGAGGAGAAGCUUACUGAAGUAUCUUCGAGUUUAACAAAUUGAGGCAGUGUUGAUAAUAAUUAUUAUUAUUUCUGCCAAAAAUGUCAAGAUAAAACUUUUAUUUAUUAUUUUGGUGUAUAACGCAUAAUAUAUAAUAUAUAUUGUAUUAAACUCUUGUUUUUAGAAAAUUUAAAAUUGAUAUUUACUUUAUUGGUAAUAAAAUGAUUAUUUUAA